UAGAAGACACCAUAUCAAAUGGUAAACAUGGUCUCGCGUGCAAAUAUCUUGUGCCAACGAAGAAGAUCAAGAUUUUUUUUUAGGUUUUUGUGAUCGUUGAAUAAGGUCAGUAAGUAAAUCAUGUUGACUUCCAGGAGUUUUGUGAAGAAGACUCGGAAAGGAGGAGUGAUGAAGGUUGUGAGGGAGCACUAUCUGAGGGACGAUAUUUGGUGUGGAUCCGCUGCUUGUUCCAAAUGCCCGAUGGACAAGACGGUCUUGGAGAAGGAGCCAGUGCCCGAAGUGGAAAACACGUUGUGCCGCUAUCCUCAUUAUCUCCUUCUUGAUACAAAUGUAGUUUUGCAUCAGGUGGAUAUACUGGAGGACAAAGCAAUUAAAAAUGUCAUUCUCCUGCAGACAGUCCAGAAGGAGGUCAAACACAGAAGUUUGCCAUCGUACAAAAGGAUACGAGAUCUCAUUGCAAAUGACAAAAAGAAGUUCUAUGUAUUCACAAAUGAACAUCACAGAGAGACAUAUAUUGAGAUAGAACCGAAGGAAUCUCCUAAUGAUUUCAAUGAUAGAGCAAUACGGAAGAGCCUUACUUGGUAUGAUAAUCACUUCAAAGACACUGAGAUCAAGAUUGUCCUGCUCACCAAUGAUGUUGAUAAUAGAGAUAAAGCAAGGAAAGAGGGUUGUAAGGCAUUCACAGUCAAUGAAUAUGUGAAGGCAAUGGAAGGCAGACCUGAGCUGAUGGACAGACUGGCUCAGAUUGAAACCAAGGAAAGACAACGCAAGGCUAAUGAUAGUGACAUCACAGCACCAGGAGGCAGGAACGUUCUCUAUCCAGAGCAUCUUAGCUCAUGUGAAAUCAACACUGGUAUCAAGGAAGGGAGAUACAAGAAAGGGACAUUCAAAGCAAGCAGAGAAAAUUUUAGGGAGGGAUACGUCAGUGUACAAGGAAUGGAGAAAAUGGUUUUCAUAAAAGGACUGGCCAACCAGAACAGAGCUGUGCAGGGUGAUAUUGUAGCAGUAGAAAUUCUUCCAGAGUCUCAAUGGACAGCGCCCUCUACUGUUAUUGCAGAAGACAAGGGAUCAAAAGAAGAUGUACUAGAUGAGGAUACUGACAACUCAAUCAGCAGUCCUAAGAAGGGAGCAAUACCUACAUGUCGCGUUGUUGGUAUCAUCCAGCGUAAUUGGCGGCCAUUUUGUGGUGUGAUUAUGCCUCCUGCAGUCCAAGGGGGCACCAGACAUCUCUUCAUGGCAGCUGAACGGCUUAUACCAAAGAUCCGUAUUGAGACACAGCAAUAUGAGACAUUGAAAGGUAAUAGGAUCAUAGUCAGCAUAGACUCAUGGCCAAGAGAUUCUAGGUAUCCUCUAGGUCAUUUUGUUCGUAACCUUGGUGCAAUUGGAGACAAAGAAACUGAAAAUGAAGUGUUGUUAUUGGAGCAUGACGUUCCCCAUCUUCCUUUCUCUGAAGCAGUGCUAAGUUUCUUGCCAAAACUGCCAUGGACAAUCACAAAAGAGGAUGAAGCAGCAAGAGAAGAUCUGAGGCAUAUAGACAUCUGCAGUGUCGAUCCUCCAGGGUGUACAGACAUUGAUGAUGCUCUUCAUUAUAGACCAUUGGAAAAUGGCAAUGCAGAGGUUGGUGUUCACAUAGCUGAUGUCAGUCACUUUAUUAAGCCAGGAAAUGCCUUAGACACUGAGGCCUGUAACAGAGGUACAACAGUUUAUCUUGUUGACAGGAGGAUAGACAUGGUACCAGAUCUUCUUAGUUCUAACCUCUGUUCUCUGAGGGGUGGUGAGGUAAGGUUUGCCUUCUCAACACUCUGGGAGAUGACCCCUCAAGCCGAGAUUGUCAAUGUUAGAUUCACAAAGAGCAUCAUCAAGUCCAGGGCAGCAUUCACGUAUGAAGAAGCGCAGAACAAGAUUGAUGAUAAAUCCCAGAAUGAUGCUCUAGCAAUAGGUCUAAGAGGACUCAACAGGAUGGCCAAGAUACUCAAGCAAAAGAGAAUUGAUAAUGGAGCUCUGACGUUAGCAUCAUCUGAGAUCCGAUUCAGUAUGGACAGUGAGACUCAUGAUCCUAUUGAAGUUGAGAGGAAAGUCAUGAGAGAAACCAACUCCAUGGUUGAAGAGUUCAUGUUGUUGGCUAACAUCUCUGUAGCCCAGAGGAUAAGACAGGAGUUCCCUCAGAGUGCUUGCCUUAGAAGACAUCCUGUUCCUCCACCUUCAAACUUCGAACCAAUCAUCAAGGUUGCUCUCACAAGGGGCUUUGAAUUGCAGGUUGACAGUGGUAAAGCACUCGCUGAUUCCCUAGAUAAGGCCAAUAUUCCUUCCAUUCCAUUCUUCAACCAGUUAUUACGUAUGAUGACAACGCGAUGUAUGACACAAGCCCUCUACUUCAGCAGUGGGAUGCUACAGGAAGAUGAAUACCUACAUUUUGGUUUGGCCUCACCAAUCUACACUCAUUUUACAUCUCCCAUCAGAAGAUACUCUGACGUGAUUGUCCAUCGGAUGUUAGCUGUUGCAGUCGCAGCUGAUUCCUGCUACCCAGAUCUCUUGGACAAGACCAAGAUUCAGGAGAUCUGUGACAAUUUGAAUUAUCGUCAUAGGAUGGCACAGUAUGCAGGUAGAGCAUCAGUGGAUUUACAUACUCAGGUAGGAACUUACUGUGUGGUGUGAACAUAUCCGUGUAUAUGUGUGACUUUAUGAAAGAGUCAUUGGC